AUGCUGGAGUACUUUGGCUACAAGCAGUACAAGAAGUACAAGACGGAAAAGGAGGCCAAGGAGGCCGCCGAGCACGUCAAGAACGAUGGCGCGACAACUCCUCAACCCAAUUCGCGGCCAUCACCAUCUCGGCGCCAAACCAGCUCCCGCUCCAUUUCCCCCACUGGCAGCGCCGCCACCGAUCGCACUCAUGGCGGCCCAGCGCCCGUCUUAGACCGCAGAGAUGAAGCAUUCUUCAGACGUAUCCUCUCCGACCCGGACGCCGAGGACUCAGACGACGAGCACCUCCGUCCUCCUUUGCCUCCGCGAAGCAAGACCCCAGAAUACAUUUGGGAAUCAGAUGAAUCACGGCGCUCCUCCCCUGCCAAAGACGCCAGCCCGAAGAAGGCGGCCACCAUUGCAGUUGACCCCAAAUCAGAGGGCAAGAAGCCCAACAAGAUUGCAUUCCUCUUUUCCAAGGUUAAGGGCGAUGACAAGGACAAGCAACUCGCGCCCACGAAACCAGCCGCUGUGGGACCGGAUGAGGCUGCCCGGGAGAAGGAUGACCUGUCCCGCGUGCUUGAUGAUCUCAACCUCUCAGCGAAGAACAACAAAGCCAUCCCGCUUUCAGCAGAAUCCUCGGAGCUCGUCCGGCAGUUCACCCUGGCUCUCAAGGACCUCGUCAACGGCGUGCCGACUGCCGUUGACGACAUCAAGAGGCUCGUCGAAGACAAGGAUGGCACCAUCAAGAAGUCGUUUGACAAGCUUCCCAGCGGUAUGAAGAAGCUUGUCACCAACCUCCCCGACAAGUUCACAGCAAGCUUGGGGCCUGAGGUUCUGUCAGCAGCGGCAAAGAGCCAAGGCAUAAAGCACGCCGAGGUGACGGCAGAAGACGGCAUCAAGGGUGCCGCCAAAAAGAUGUUUACGCCCACUAACCUCUCGGAUCUGGUUACCAAGCCAGGUGCUGUGGUGGGUAUGCUCAAGGCCAUAGUCAAUGCACUCAAGCUGCGAUGGCCCGCCUUUAUCGGGACCAAUGCGAUCAUCUCAGUCGCAUUAUUUCUUCUCCUCUUUGUCCUGUGGUAUUGCCACAAGCGCGGCCGUGAGGAGCGCAUUAAGCGCGAGAACGCGCCUGAGAUCAUCGACGGCAGCGGCCGCAUCGAGGAGCUUCCCGAUGACCCCGCCCUGCCAGGCCCUUCUCGCUCCCGCACCGAGCCACCCCGGUCUGAUCGCCCGCGUAGCCAGAGGAGCGAGCGUAGCAGACGAAGUGGCAGAGACAGUUCGGGGAGGACAACACCUGCGCGGAGAGCGUCGCCGCCGCCAUCAGACUCCCCUCGCCGAAGGGCAACGAGGAAGUAA